GCUUUCUUCUGACGUAAUUUUCCCGCGACUUUUAAUUUGAUACACGGAGCAGCUGACGAGCAGAGCGUUUUCUGACAGGGUGUUUCUGAGUCCCUUCUUAAAAAUGCUCAAAAAGAAGUCGAGCGGCUCUGAAAAGAAAAGGAAACACUCGCAGAGUGAGGAUCGACAUGACAAUACGAAACGCAGAAGCGCGGAAUCAAACCUGGAGGUAAGAAACCGAAGCAGCGCAUGCGCGUUUAUUUGUACCUCCACAGUCAUGAAAGGGUUUAUCAGGACUUUUACAAAAUAUAAAUGAUUUCAGCAUCAAACAAUGCGCUUAUAUAUGAAAGUGAACAUCUAGAUUAAACGUGAACAAAUAAAUACAGUAAACGCAAAAUAGGUGAUUCAAUUCUUAUGUAAAAUGACUAGGAAUGAGCAAUUUUGACUUUAUGUAGGAAAGUCUGGAGGGAUAAAAAUAUUCUAUGAUACUUCCUCGUCUUAUUUGUGGUCAAGUUUUCAGAGUAUGACCCUAGAACUUUGUCAGUCCAGGUAUGGAGUAUUAUAUCGGAGAGAAACAACAAGAGAUUCUCUCUUUUAAUACAAAGAGUGUUUCACAUGGUUUAUGUUGCACUUUUGGAGAAAAAACAGGUACCAACAGGCUAUAAUGGUGACUAAGACUGUUAAGAUGUCUAAAAAGCAUCACAACACCAGAGGGAAUUGUAUCAAAUUCAGAGUAUAUAUUCAGUCGGUGGAAUAGGGAUUGUAAAGUUGCCCAAACAUCAUACUAUGUGUGAACCACUUUUCAUUGAGCAGUGAUUUAUGCCUGUGUAGUGUGUCUAUAUUGUUUCAAAUGUAACUGAAAAAAAGAAGCAUUUGUUUUCUGAAAAAACUGAUCAUUUAAAAAAAAAAAAAAUUCAACAUUAUAGCAGCAAAGUAAAAUAAAUAUAAGGCAGAAUUAGGACUGGGCGAUAAAAUGAUAACAAUAUGGAAAAUUAUUUUCCCUCAACAUCAGUAUAAAACAUGGUCAAUAUCCUUUUUGAUAGUCGGCAUUCUGCCAUGUUUUGGUAGACUAUAGGAAUAGCCAAUGAAAAGGGGAGUUGCUCUGGGUCCGCUUCGCGCUGAAUCAAUUAUACGCUGAAUUAGAACCAAGCAGAUGAUGGCUCACCAGAUGACGACAUCGUUGACAACACUGGCACGAAAACGUAAUGUGCGCUGCAAAUUAUGUCGAGUACAUGUUCUCGCAAAGUUGAGGAAUACCCUAAAUCUUUUUCACCACCUAAAGCAGUGCCACACAAAGAGCACGCAGAAUGCAAAAGGUUACAAACCCCAAGCAGAGCAAGGAGCUCAUGGCACCAGUGCAGCCAAAACAGCCGACCAUUCAGUCCGCUGUCUCUAGCGCAACGCUUUACAACAAGACCUCACAGAUGCAGUAUCUCAUUGUAUUGCUAAAGACAUGCUACCAAUAAACACUGUUAAAUUUAAUUUUUUAUACCGUGAUGUAUAUCAAUAUCGAUUGAUAUGAAAAAAAUAUAUAUUGUGAUAAACUUUUUCCAUAUUGCCCAGCCCUAGGCAGAAUUGACGUUGUUUAAUCAAGUUUAUUUUUGAAGUAUUAUCAAGGUGUUGUUGUUGAGUCAGCAAAAUACUGCAUAGGUGGAUUCGCAUUGAAUGCUGCAUGUUGGAGUUGUGUAUUCGUGCUACAGCGGUUCUUCUCUUUUGAUUGUGACUGUCAAGAUUAAAGUAUUUUAACUCUGCACACAGCUCUUUUACUGUCCGUAUGAAAAACACUACAAGCUUGCUCUUUUUAAGUUGAUUAGAGAAAGGGGUGUGGAUCGUUCUUGUUAGUGUUAGUGGCCUUACUGUAAUUUGUGUCUUGGCAGUACAUCUUUGAGGAGAUAGUUGGAUGCAGGCAGUUUUUUUCUGGCUCUGUACACUUUUAAUCAACUGAAAUGCAAGUUCCUGUUAAAAUCCAUAUUAAAUACAGGAUAUGUAGUAUUUAUUUCAAAAGAAAGUUAUGGCAAAGACAGAUUUAAGAAAGAAGUUCUUAUCGAAGAGGAAUUACUUUCUUCAUAAGCAGAUUAAGUAUUCGACAUUAGACCCUGAACUGGCAGUGUUGGGUUGCAAAUAUUUGUAUUCCUAUAAAUCACCUUUUAUGCCAAUGGUAAUACUUUAAAAGUCAGAGUUGCUAUAUUUCAUAGGAUAUAUAAACUGCAGCAAUCUGUCGUUAUCAUCCUUUUUGUCGAGCAAUUGUGAUUUAGACCUUCAGAAGAACUGUUCCUCAGUAGUGUCUUCAUUUCCUACAGCAGGACUCCAAGGAUGAGCUGGCUGAUCCAGAGCUGGACCGGAUUGGCAGCGACAUAGAAGACGGGGGACUAGACCUCACUUUGCCGUUCAAACCCAUCACCGCUUACAUCGGCGACAAGAAGGAGAUGCUGGAGCAGUGUUUCCGUGUGCUGGGGGACAAGAAGCUUUGCAAGAUGCUACCUGAUGAACUUAAGGUGCGUGUGUGUGUGUGUGUGUGUUCUCAUGUGAACAAUAUCAACAUGUCAAAAGGCUUUAGUGUGAAAUGUUUUCACCUCAAACCAGUCUGUUAAAAUAAUGCUCAAAGUCUAACUGAGCAGUUGAAGCUCUGGACCUCCACAAAUGUCACUUUUUAAGAUGUGCGCUCAUAAAAUACUUACAGUAAUUUCCCGUUUGCUGUUGUGCUGUAUUUUGAACGACUAUAAGCAGAUUGAAGAAGCAAAUAUAUAAGCAGCAACACGUUGAAUGUAGUGAUCAUGUCAUGAGCAGGUUUGUUCCAUCUUUCUACUCCCCACAUUCUUGGUUAUUGGGGCGCACAGAAGAUAUCACAUUGUUUCACUUUAUGUUGUUUGAAUUUAAAGGGAUAUUCCGGCGUACAAUUAAUUAAGGGUCAAACACACUAUAACACUGAGUUACACACCCCUUUGAGAGAUGAAUGUUGCCAACCGCUUGCUUCUUUAGUUAAACCAACUUUAGUAACGACCACAGGAUAGCAAUACACAGCGGUCUGAGGAGCCACAUAAACCUCAACCAAAACGCCACUCUAUAGCCACAAAUAAUGCUCAGAACAACACCUAACUUCAUCAACAGUACAUAUAGGGUCCUGGCCAUAGCACUAGCCACCAAACAUCUUUUUAACUUUGCCUGAUUUCUUUAGGAAAGAGAGUAAACACAACUCACCUCCUCUCUUCCAGCAGUCACUUGUUUGUAGCGAGACCUCAGACCAGCCCAUUACAGACUACAGCGGAGUGACGCAGCUCAAGGAAGAACAGAGAAAAGUGUCACUCCGCUGUAGUCUGUGAUGGUCUCGCGCGAGGUCUCGCUACAAACAAGUGUCUGCUGGAAGAGAGAAGGUGAGUUGUGUUUACUCUCUUUCCCACUCGGAGGGGUGCUCGCCCGGGGAGUAAUUUGGUCUAGAACCGCCACUGGCUCCUCAGACCGCUGUGUAUUGCUAUCAUGCGGUUGUUACUAAAGUUGGUAUAACUAGAGAAGCAAGCAGUCAGCAACAUUCAUCUCUUGAGGGGGUGUCUAACUCGGUGUUAUGGUGUGUUUGACCAUAACCUAAUUUUACGCCGGAAUAUCCCUUUAAUGUCAUCCAUGCUGCACUUUCUGGAUCAUUCUUAAGACAUCUUUUAAAUAGAUAGAAGAUAGCUUUUGCCGCCACGAAACACUGGGUGCUUUGCUGCUCAUCUAUAGCUGUAAAUAAGCUAUGGAUCCGUAUAGUCAAAAAUGAAAGCAAGGUUUAAGGAUGUCAGCUGUAGAAAGUUGUCAUUUUCAAUUGAAGACAAAUAGAGAAAUCUUGCUGUAUCGCUGUGUUAUCAAAGACCCGAUUUAAACACAUUAUCAUUCACAGGACUGCAGUUCAGAGGAAAUCAAAAAGCUGUGCUGGGAGCAACUGGAGCCCAUCUCUGACAAGAAUCUUCUCCAGAUCUUAGCAGGUAAGACUUUUAACCCUGAUACUUACUUCAACUCUCUUCAGCAUCUUUGUAAAGGGCAAAUCAAAUCAGAUUUUUUUAAACUUUCUUUGUUUUUAGGGGAAGAAGUGACGUCUGGGGAUGGUAACAGGAACACAGAGGAGACCGCAGACAGCCAGUGAGUAAAAGUUUGAAAUCUAAGAGUAAAAGUCAAGUGAGUUUUUAGUCUUUUCUACAUGGAAUUAUGUGUUUUUCAAAUUUUACUCUCAUCAAGGCAGGACAAUAAUGUGGACUCUACGUCUUGCCUCAAAGAAACAACAAAAACUGAAGACCCAAAGCAAGGUAAUUAGUAUGUAAUUCACACAAAGAACAUCCCCAGGCUGCAAAUCAAAGACUUCAAAGACAAAAGGUAUAAAAAGAGUAUUUUAUGUGAAAAUGUUUCCGUGUAAUUUUCUUCUCAGAGGGGGGCGGCUCAGGAGAGGAGAGUGACGUCUUGAGCAUAAACGCAGAUGCUUACGACAGCGACAUAGAGGGACCCAAAGAUGAGCAGGCGAUAAAGGCUGUAGACGCAGGAGCGAAAGUGGCGGACAGCAGCAAGGAAGGUGCUGACCCCGCUGUAAACCCUGACCCGGCAAACCCUGAACCCCGCACAGACUCUAAACCAGAGGAAGGGAAGAAAGACAUCCAGAGCGACAUAGACAAAAGCGUGAGCGAGAUUUUAUCAUUUUCAUCCACAUCCACGAGGACGGACGCAAUCACAGAACAGACCGCAGCUCCGCAGCCGAAAGUUUCGAGUCCACCUGUUCAGAGCGGAUCCGUUUCAGGUCGCGCAGCUGCAGCGUGUCAGCCGUCGAUUCAGCAGCUGGAGCUCCUGGAGUUGGAAAUGAGAGCGAGGGCGAUUAAGGCUCUGAUGAAAGCAAGUGAUGGGAAAAAGACAAAUUUAACAAAAACUCUGUAGCGUGUUUUAUUUUUCGUUUUUUUACAUCGUGUCUUUUAUGGUUUGAUGGUUUAGGGCCUGUGUCCACUGACAGCAUUCGAAAAGGUGGUAACUCUGCACUCAACUGGUUUUAGUUCACACAUUUUAUCCCAGGGCACUCCCUCUCUUUCUCACUCAUUGGUCUGUUCAGAUUUGCUUCUAUUAAAGGUAAAUUUACAAACAAACAUAAAAAUGACUUAAAGGAAUUGUGCUGUGGCGUUACAGCAGCUCAAAUGUGGAAAUAGUCCCCUUUGUUAAAGUUGUCAACAUUAGAGGUCCCGCCCCUUUUUGAUCUUGAAGUAACAUUGACACAGGUCCCUAUUUUUUUUUAAAGAAUCAUACAUAUGGAACCUUUUUGAUUGUCUUGAAAAUCAUUCAAACCAUGUUCAGUUUUUACUCCAUAUUGGAAUAAUAAUUUUAAUUUUUUUAGUGCUUAUUAAACUCACAAGGACUUGUCUGAUUGAAUCUCAUCUCCUGUGACUCUUUUCUACACAAACUCCUCUCUUUGGUCACUAGAUGGCAGUGUUUACCUGCCACAGUCGAGCCCUGAUGAUGUUUUUAAUCUCUGCAGAAAAGAGGGUGUCAUGAUUUAUUCGCUCACAUUACAGUCAAAAUAUUAAAGAAGACGACGUACAUUUCAGUGACUGUUUAGUUAAUCUGUUUAACUGAAACGUGUGACAUUUUCGAACAUGUUGGAGCCACAUGGCGUGAGGAAAAAACAGAAGGAAAUGUUUCUUUGUAGUCUGGCUGAGUAGGAGGCAGCAGUGUUUUGCUGUCAUUCAAAGCUGGCACACCUGCUCUGUUUGUUGACUGAACACCUGUUUGACUCUGCAGGCUGAAGUUUGUCCUGCAGUCUCCAAACCGGGUUAAACCUGAAAUAUGAAAAUCAAAAUUAUAGCCAUAAAACCGCACUCUGUUUUUGCUCACUUUAACGUUUACUAAACUUGACUCUUUAUGGUGUUUUCUUGCGGGAUAAAGCUUCACUUUGUUCCGAGGCUGCUUUGUUGCUUGAAUAAACUGUACAGCUGCUCUA